AGAAAAGCCACCGAAUGAAACAGUCUCCCUCCACACCCCUACCCCCAACCCCCCAACCCCCUACCACCCACCCACCCACCCCCACAAAACACCCUCCUCUGUCCAGUCUCACGGACCUCAAAUGCCUUUUCCUGCUCCUUCCCUUUCACGAGCAUUGCCUGAAAAGUGAACCCAAAAGUUCUAGGGUUCCGUCACGGACCACAACCCUCCAUUCAAGCUUCUUCCUUUUAUCCAUCUUCCCCUCUGACCCGGUUAACUAAAGCAAACCCUCUUGAAUCUUCAUUUUAUUUUCCAUUUAUAAUUUAUUCUUCCAAGAUCCGACCACUAGAAUCCCCUAUUGUCUAUAUGAGACAAAGAAAACAGCUAAGUAAACAACUACAAAUCUUUCAUCUUUCUUGUCAUUACUAACACAACUCUGUGAAAUAUGAAUCUUUUCUCACAAAGCUUCAAUCUUUCUUCAAUUUCAUGAAUAACCCAUGAGGGAAAUGCUAUAUCUAUAGUGAAAUAUCAAUAUUUUUCUACAAAUCUUGCAUCUUUCUUCAGUUUCUUGAAUAACCCAUGAAGGAAAUGCUACAUCAGUAGUGAUAUAUGAAUCUUUUUCCACAAAUCUUGCAUCUUUCUUCAUUUUUAUGAAUAACCCAUGUGGGAAAUGAUGCAUAUAUAGUGAAAUAUGAAUCUUUUUCCACAAAUCUUGCAUCUUUCUUCAAUUUGAUGAAAAACCCAUUAGGGAAAUGCUACAUCACUAGUGAAAUAUGAAUCUUUUCUACAAAUCUUGCAUCUUUCUUCAAAUUCAUGAAUAACCCAUGUGGGAAAUGCUAUCUCUAUACUGAAAUAUAAAUCUUUUUCUACAAAUCUUGCAUCUUUCUUCAAUUUUAUAAACAACCCAUGGGGGAGAUGACGCAUCAAUAAACAUGGAAGACAUUAUGUUGUUUAAACCAGAUUGGAAAUGGGUAUUGUCAGAAACUCAUUGUUACUCAGUAAUGAAGGCUGUUUGGUGUUUCAACAAUGCGGUUGCUGGUUCAUUGGCUCGGCAUUGGCCCAGUGUUUGCAGAGGGUGUUGGACCCUGGCUAAGGUGUUGUGGUAUUCUUUGGUUAGAUGGAAAGAUUGUUGUGUUCGUGGAUCUAGAUCGCUUUUCGGGUUGGGUACAGCUGCACUUCUUGUGAUUAUAUGGAGUUGUUUUCUUAGUUUGACAUCAAUGUCUUGUGUUCUAUGUGUUCUUUUGUGUAUGGGUGCUGCUGCCUGUGCUAUCCACUACCUGGGCCACACACCUGGUGUAUUUAUAGUAGGGUUAAUUGCAAUAUUGGUUUUGUGGAUGUAUGGGAACUUUUGGAUCACUGGCACAUUAUUUAUUGUUGGAGGUUACUUGUUUUCCCGGAAACAUGCACAGUUGGUAGUUUUAGUCGCAACCUUAUACGCUCUACAUUGUGUAAAAGUUCAAGUUGGAUGGUCCGGGUUUUUGGUAUCGAUUAAUCUUGCUUUCAUAUCUAACGAUGCAUUAAACUGCAUCCUCAAGUGGUGUGACGAAUUGAGUGAAAAAACACAAUUCGAGGAACCGAAUUUUCCAGAUUCAUUUGUUGAAGAUGAAAUCAGACCAACAGAGAGCGAGUUCUUCGAUUCUACCGAUGAACCCGAGAAGGUGAACCCUACGGAUGAAACCGAGAAAGAGAAAGCGAAACCGACUGUUGAACCCGAAAAGGUGCAACCCUGUGAACCUUUAAGCAAAAAACCAGAUCCGACACCAGUUGUUAUAAACAAACCGAAGGAAUCAACUCCGGCUGCUGUGGUGAAAACCGAUGUAAAUGCAGUUAAUGAGAUGAAAAGAAUUAUUGCGUGUGCGGAUCAUUAUGAAGCAUUAGGCUUAUCGCGUUAUAAGAAAAUCGAUGCUGCUUUGUUGAAGAAAGAAUAUAGGAAAAAGGCCAUGCUUGUGCACCCUGAUAAAAAUAUGGGAAGCCCGCUGGCAAGUGAAUCCUUUAAAAAGGUUCAAUGUGCAUAUGAGGUUCUUUCUGAUUCUUUGAAGAAAAGAGACUAUGAUGAACAAUUGAGAAAGAAAGAAUCAAAGUCACUGUCUCACCGUUCUCCUAGCACUUCCCAUCAGGAGAAUCCUGAUUACUGCUCCGUGGAAUCAAGACGAAUACAAUGCACAAAGUGUGGACAUUCGCAUAUAUGGAUAUGUACAAAUAGGAUAAAGUCGAAGGCAAGAUGGUGCCAGGAUUGCUGUCAAUAUCAUCAAGCCAAGGACGGGGACGGGUGGGUGGAAUACAAAGGCUCCCUCAGCUUCGAUCGUCCAAACAAGGUGGAAAUACCGCGUGCUUUUGUUUGUGCCGAGAGCAAAAUAUUUGAUGUUUCAGAAUGGGCCAUUUGCCAGGGGAUGGGGUGCAGGCCAAAUACACAUCGACCAACGUUUCAUGUAAACAUGGUGGGACUGGAGAAACCCGAGAGAUCCAACUCGAGCAGGUUUCCUUGGGAUUUCGAUGCGAAAAUGGCAGAUGAAGAUGAGGAGUUUGAGCUAUGGCUUAAGCAAGCGCUUGCUUCUGGUUUAUUUAGCGAAACCUCGAAACGUAGAAAAAGCUGGGGACCCUUUAAGUUACCUCAGAAGAAAGGAACCAAACAUCGGAUGUCUCAAUGAGGAAUGGGAAUGGGAAUGGGAAUGGGAAUGAGAAAUGGGAAUGGAGUUGUAAAUAGUGUUGUGCAUUAGAUUGAUCAUGAAUGUAUGAUAAUAAAGCUGUCUGUGUCAUGGUACAGUGAACAUCACAACUCUUGCUCCGAUUUAAAUAGACACUUAAUGCUCUCAGAUAUUUCAUUUCCAGUUUUGGUC